GUGAAUGGUGAUAGACUUCAAGAUGAAUUUGGGAACUCAUUAGAGCCAUUGCUUCAUUGCUAGUUUUCACUUUCAAAGCUAACUUUUGAGUCAUUUCACUACCUAAACUGAAAACCAUUAGUGGGUAUCUUACGUUUUGGACAAUUUGGGUGCCUUUGGCAGCUUUUAAUGGAGUUUCUGCCAAUGGGGUUUUUGAGUCUGUUGGUUAAAUUUUUUUCCCCCAACAUUUUGGUGAUUACUCUUCGGUUUUGAGUGUUUUGAGAGAGGAAAAAUGAUGAGUUUAAAGCAGUUUUGGACAAAGAAGACUUUGGUUGGGCUUGGCUUGGGGCAAUUUCUAUCUCUUCUUAUCACUUCUACUGGUUUCUCUUCAUCUGAACUUUCUAACAGAGGAAUCAAUGCUCCAACAUCUCAAUCUUUUCUAAAUUAUGCACUCUUGACUGUCGUCUAUGGAAGUGUUAUGCUUUACAAGAGGCAAGCACUUAAGGCUAAAUGGUAUUAUUAUGUUGUUCUUGGAUUAGUAGAUGUAGAGGCCAAUUAUCUUGUGGUGAAGGCAUACCAGUACACAUCUAUAACGAGUGUAAUGCUGCUUGACUGUUGGUCUAUCCCAUCAGUCAUGCUUCUUACCUUUAUUUUCUUGAAAACAAAGUACAGAUUCAGAAAGAUAGCUGGUGUAAUUGUAUGUGUUGCUGGUCUUGUGAUGGUUAUUUUUUCAGAUGUUCAUGCAGGUGACCGAUCAGGAGGCCGUGACCCUCGCAAAGGAGAUUUACUCGUUAUCGCUGGGGCAACACUCUAUGCCAUUAGUAAUGUCAGCGAGGAGUUUCUUGUGAAGAAUGCGAAUAGAGUUGAACUCAUGUCAUUCUUGGGCCUCUUUGGUGCCAUUAUCAGUGCAAUACAAAUAAGCAUAAUCGAACGCAAUGAACUCAAAUCUAUUCACUGGACGGCUGGUGCUGCAUUUCCAUUUUUCGGAUUUUCAUUGGCCAUGUUUUUGUUUUACUCAUUUGUCCCGGUGUUACUUAAGAUGAGCGGUUCCACAAUGCUCAAUCUCUCUUUGCUGACCUCAGACAUGUGGGCUGUCAUAAUCCGCAUUUUUGCUUACCAUGAAAAGGUUGAUUGGAUGUACUUUUUAGCCUUUGCUGCAGUAGCUGUUGGACUUGUUAUUUAUUCCGGGGGUGACAAGGAAGAGGAUCAGCAUCAAUGCAUAGCCGGUGUUGGUGACGAAGAUGCUGGAAGAAGCAAGUAUUUUGAUGACGAGGCUGAUUUUGAUAACAUCAAUCGAGGAGCUAUAGCCGGAAGCUCAAAAACCGGGGAUACUAGCAAGCAUGACUGUAUCACUAGUGGCGAAAGAAGUGAAACUAUUGAAAACAAGAACAUCGGAAAAGACGUGCAAGGGAAGAAGUCAUGAUAUAUUAGAUUGUCACCCGAACUCUUCAUUUUCUUAAGACUAUUUAUGUUUAAACAUUUUUUGUUCAACAUACCAAUGGCAUAGAUAACACCCUAUGUCAAAUGCAUAUCAUAUCCGGCACUCAGUUCGGAUAACAUAGAUUACGCCCUCUAGAAUCGGGAAGCUAUCUACUAUAGGACAUGUAUGUAAAAAGGAUCAGGGAGACACGGCAGCAUCAAUUUUGGGUUGACUUUUUCAUUCAAAAUGUUUGAAUAACGAGCAGUUUGGGGGCAUUGCUCCUUCAGUUUUA